AAUAUAUUGAAAAUAUACGGCAAAUAUAUUAAGUAAUAUCAACCGAAUACAAGCUAUAACGAAGAUAGACAUUAAAGUGCGUUUAUAAUUGUCAGAUAUCACCAGACUAUCGUAAAACAUGAAUAAAUCUUGCUUUAUUGUGGUCUUUGUUGGACUGAUUGGCUUAGGACAAGGAGCCCUGCGAUCAACGCUUACGAGAAACAGAAUAGAAUACACAUUCUGGACUGGUGACGUUGACCACGUAUCAUUCCAUGAUGCUGUGAGUGCCUGCUCUUACCGCGGAAAGCAUCGUUUGGUAGCAAUUACUGACGAUACUGCGAAACUUACAGUAUGGCAACUUGUUGAGCCAUGGAAAACCAGAGACGUAUGGAUCGGGCUCUCAGACAAUUUUGUCGAACAGACAUGGUCAUGGUUUGAUGGAACGAGAGUAGACGCCGUACCACAAUAUUGGGGUGCAGAGCCAACUUAUGACGAAACACAAAACUGUGGAUUUUCUCCCGAUGGAAACCUCUGGUACGAACGCGUAUGUGAUGAACCACACGGCUAUAUCUGCCAAAGAGAAAACAAAAUUGGUGAUACCAGAGCCCAGCUGACACUUUCAAACGAAGAACCUACGGUAUACGAAUCUGGCAACGUCCAAAUUGACUGUUCUGCAUCCAGCGCACUUUCGGAAAUGACCUGGUACAAAAAUGGAAAAAAAGUUCAUCAAGUUGCAGGAACAAAUGGUGUCACUCUUGUGAUAGAAAAUGCAACAGUUGAAGACGCAGGAUUUUAUACAUGCUCUGCUACAAAAUUUGUUGAUGGCUUGGAGCAAAAAGUGAUGGCAAUGGCCAAACUAGAAGUUCUCCGUAAAAAUUAAGACUGGGGAAAAAUGAAAAAUCCACACGGAUGCAGAUGGAAGAAAAACUAAUUUUGGUGAAAAUUAUGAUAAUCUCGAAUGAUCUGUUAUUAUAUUCUUUGAUUCGUUGAAUACCUCAUUGAUCAUGCUACAUGUGUGUGUGUUGACAGCUUCUUACUGUAUUAUCUAUCUCCGUAUUUCCAUUGAUAACGUGCCUUUCAGCCUUUCUUGUAGGAGUCGUGCCCAAAGUCUGGUCUACUAAUAUCUAAACAACACCAACUAUUCUGAAGAUUAAAUCGAAAUGUAAUUGGUUGAAGUCAAAUUAUUAUGGAAUAAAUAAAAGAAUGAAAUCAA